AUGCCUGUUGAUCGCCUAUUAUCAACACUCUUGCGAUCAUUGCAAACCUAUACAGACCAACAAGACACGCCUCGAAUACUCGGAACAGCCUCCUCGCUGUUGACGACUCUCGGAAACCCGCAUAAUCUCAGCCUCCUGACCUCCCAUAUUCUCACCGCUCCCGCGUUCUGGGACCGCCCUGAUGGCGUCCGAACGCCCCUGCGGUUGCUCUCUGUCUUCCAUUCGACCGUUACUACCAUCAUAAACCACCACAAUGAUGUGCGGUAUAACCAUGCACCGAAGCUUCUGCCGGGACAAGUGCCCACGGGUGGGGGACUGUCGCUGGAUGACUGGAUACGCGCCGUAGUCGCGGGAGCAGACGACCGGAGUCAACGAUGGAAGCAUCUCAUUGUGCUCGGCGGGCUGUUAAUCGGGAUAGGAGGUCUGGAAGAACAGGGUUUAGAUCUAUACUGGGCAUCUGCGAUGAGGAAGAGGGUGGAAAGCGCACUCGUGCGGGCGACCAACUUGGCUUUGAUGGAGGUGCGGGAACGCUCUGAGGCGGAUGGGUUAGGUGGACAGACCAUUACGCUGGUGCUAAAUCAUGUUUUCGGGUGCCUGGCGGAUGCGGAAAAGGCGCAGAUUGAUUAUGAUUUGCUCUUACCGGUCUUGAUUGGGACGGCGUACUACUCGAACGAGGGAUUUCAAUCAGCCUACUUCCUUGGGGGCUUGGAUUUGGAUGUACGGGUCACACAAGAUGGGAAGUUGGACUGGAGUGCACUCUCGAGUUCGUAUCGGCAGGUCCAAGGCAUCAUGAACAGGCCUUUGGUAGCGUCCAUGGGUCCUCUAUCGCGGCUCAUCGCCCAUGCCGUAGAGAACGUGAAGAACCCUUGGAUUAUACAAACUAUGAUGGACGACCUAGCAAGCUUCUCUCGGGCACUUACCACCCAAUGGCGCCAGAUCAAAUUUUCAGACGUUGACCCUGCCGAAGAGGCGGCACAGUUAGAAGAGGAGGCGCUUCAGAAGACCACACCGCAACUGUGGAACUUGCUCAAGGCUGCUCUUUUUGCCACUACUAUCAUAUUGCGAGGCGUCUUCACUCGAACACUAGGCGACAGAGCACUUGCAGGCGACGCUAUAGCUCCUAUACUUGCUUCGCAAGCUCUCCAGACCCUACGCCACCUUUACUUCAUUACAUCACGACUAGGCCCAGCGUCGUUUUCUCAACAUACAUUCGUGUACUUGACCGCCAUCGAUAUACUGACUGCGUACCCCAACCACGCCGGCAAGUUUCUCAAAUCUAUCGCUCCGCAACACCUAGGCCAGAUCCCACGACACCCUCUAGACCGUAUCUUAGACCUCUAUUUCCUGAACACAGCCGAGCACUUCACCCUUGUAUUACCCCCAGCAGCGAACGAAGAUCUCCUCGUAGCAUCAGCAGUACCCUACCUUGCAGCCGGCGAGAACAGGCACUUGCUACCUAUCUUCGAAGCUGCACACAGCGUCAUGCUCGCUGUCCUCUCCGCCCCUCAAUCCGCAGAGAUCACAGCAAAGCACCUCCCCUUCUACAUUGACGCGCUCUUCAGCGUCUUUCCCCACAAUCUAUCACCGCGACAAUUUAGACUGGCGUUCAAAACGCUUAUGCGUGUUACAGCGCCUCCGUCGACUCUUUCAGCUUCACAUCCUGAUUUGCCAACAACGCUGCUGGAGCUUGUUUUUCAUAGAGCACUCCAUGCACCAACACAUGCCCUACCACCAGAUGAAGUCUCCCUCGCUCUCCAAGGCUCCGACGCUCCACCACCAGCGCUUUCAGAACAAGCCGUUCUCGCUCUAACACUCAUUGAUGCGUUACCUUACCUUCCUAUCCCACUGCUGGAAGAGUGGAUGCCACUUACGGCGGAACUACUAAAUCACAUCAACGACCAUAGUAUGCGGGAGAGUGUUAAGGCGAGAUAUUGGGAAGUAUUAGUAAACGGGGAGAUGGAUGCAGAGCGUAGCGGCGUGGCUGUAUUAUGGUGGACCACAAAAGGCGGGAGGGAGUUAGUGCUGUUUGGAAGAGAAAGCGUUGAUGAGCAGAUAGGCAUGAUGAGUGGGGCGUUGCCGGUUGAGGAGCGGAACGUGAGAGCAAGCAAGCUGUAG